UGGAGGAGAAGGAGGAGGAGGCGGAGGGAGGGAGGAGGAGGAGGCCCCGUCGCGGCCUUCGCCGCCGCCAACGGGGCUGUCCCUGUAGCUCCCGAUGGAGUUUGAGGCCCUGAAACCGCCGCCGAGCUCUGCCCCGGCGAGACGAGGCGCCUCCGUCGCCGAGCCGCGCCGUCGCGGGGCUCCCGGGAGCGGCCCUUAGCGACCCCGCCCGGGCCCCUCAGCUUACAAAACACUACACAGCAAAAUAAUGAUCUGCUAGACUGCUAACCUGAGCAUCCAGCUUCCACAAUGCCUGUGCAGGCAGCUCAAUGGACAGAAUUUCUGUCCUGUCCAAUCUGCUAUAAUGAAUUUGAUGAGAAUGUGCACAAACCCAUCAGUUUAGGUUGUUCACACACAGUUUGCAAGACCUGCUUGAAUAAACUUCACCGAAAAGCGUGUCCUUUUGACCAGACUGCCAUUAACACAGACAUUGAUGUGCUCCCUGUCAACUUCGCACUUCUCCAGUUAGUUGGAGCCCAGGUACCAGAUCAUCAAUCAAUAAAGUUAAGUAAUCUAGGUGAGAAUAAACACUAUGAGGUCGCAAAGAAAUGCGUUGAGGAUUUAGCACUCUACUUAAAACCACUAAGUGGAGGUAAAGGUGUAGCUAGUUUGAACCAGAGUGCACUGAGCCGACCAAUGCAAAGGAAACUAGUGACCCUUGUAAACUGCCAACUGGUGGAGGAAGAAGGUCGUGUCAGAGCCAUGCGAGCAGCCCGUUCACUUGGAGAAAGAACUGUAACAGAAUUGAUAUUACAGCACCAGAACCCUCAGCAAUUGUCUGCCAAUCUAUGGGCUGCUGUCAGGGCUCGAGGAUGCCAAUUUCUAGGGCCAGCUAUGCAAGAAGAAGCCUUGAAGUUGGUAUUGCUGGCAUUAGAAGAUGGUUCUGCCCUCUCAAGGAAAGUUCUGGUACUUUUUGUUGUGCAAAGACUAGAACCAAGAUUUCCUCAGGCAUCAAAAACAAGUAUUGGUCAUGUUGUACAACUGCUGUAUCGAGCUUCUUGUUUUAAGGUUACUAAAAGGGAUGAAGAUUCUUCCCUGAUGCAGUUAAAGGAGGAAUUUCGAAGUUAUGAGGCACUACGCAGAGAACAUGAUGCUCAAAUUGUUCAUAUUGCUAUGGAAGCAGGACUCCGUAUUUCACCCGAGCAAUGGUCCUCACUGCUGUAUGGGGACUUGGCUCAUAAAUCUCACAUGCAGUCUAUCAUUGAUAAGCUACAGUCUCCAGAAUCAUUUGCAAAAAGUGUCCAGGAAUUGACAAUUGUUUUGCAACGAACAGGUGACCCGGCUAAUCUAAAUAGGCUGAGGCCUCAUUUAGAGCUUCUUGCAAACAUAGACCCUAAUCCAGAUGCUGUUUCACCAAGUUGGGAGCAGCUAGAAAAUGCAAUGGUAGCUGUUAAAACAGUGGUUCAUGGUCUUGUGGACUUCAUACAAAAUUACAGUAGAAAAGGCCAUGAGACACCCCAGCCUCAACCAAACAGCAAAUACAAAACUAGCAUGUGCCGAGAUUUGCGACAGCAAGGGGGCUGUCCACGAGGAACAAAUUGUACAUUUGCCCAUUCUCAGGAAGAGCUCGAAAAGUAUCGAUUAAGGAACAAAAAGAUCAGUGCGACUGUAAGAACAUUUCCUCUUCUAAAUAAAGUUGGUGUAAACAACACUGUCACAACCACAGCCGGAAAUGUCAUUUCUGUCAUAGGAAGUACUGAGACAAGUGGGAAAAUUGUUCCAAGUACAAAUGGAAUUUCAAACACCGAAAGCAGUGUUUCCCAGCUAAUCCCACGUAGCACUGACAGUUCAAUAAGGACUCUGGAGACUGUGAAGAAAGUCGGGAAAGUUGGCAGUAAUGGUCAGAAUGCUGCUGGGCCCUCUGCAGAGUCUGUAGCGGAAAAUAAAAUUGGCUCUCCACCCAAGACUCCUGUAAGUAACGUAGCUGCUACCUCCACUGGGCCCUCUAAUUUUGGAACAGAGCUGAGUUCUGUGCCUCCAAAAUCCAGCCCAUUUCUAACUAGAGUUCCAGUCUAUCCUCAGCAUUCUGAAAACAUUCAAUAUUUUCAAGAUCCAAGGACUCAGAUACCCUUUGAAGUUCCACAAUAUCCCCAAACAGUUCUCUGAGAGUGUGAGUGGCACAAAAUUUGAGGAAGAUCAUCUUUCCCAUUAUUCUCCCUGGUCUUGUGGCACCAUAGGCUCUUGUAUCAGUGCCAUUGAUUCAGAGCCCAAAGAUGUCAUUGCUAAUUCAAAUGCUGUGCUAAUGGAUCUGGACAGUGGAGAUGUUAAAAGAAGAGUGCAUUUAUUUGAAACUCAGAGAAGGACAAAAGAAGAAGACCCAAUAAUUCCCUUUAGUGAUGGACCCAUCAUCUCAAAAUGGGGUGCAAUUUCCAGAUCCUCACGUACAGGUUACCAUACAACAGAUCCUGUCCAGGCCACUGCUUCCCAAGGAAGUGCAACAAAGCCCAUCAGUGUAUCAGAUUAUGUCCCUUAUGUCAAUGCUGUUGAUUCAAGGUGGAGUUCAUACAGCAAUGAGGCCACAUCAUCAGCACACUAUAUUGAACGGGACAGGUUCAUUGUUACUGAUUUGUCUGGCCAUAGAAAGCAUUCCAGUACUGGUGACCUUUUGAGUAUUGAACUUCAGCAGGCCAAGAGUAACUCAUUACUUCUUCAGAGGGAGGCCAAUGCUCUGGCCAUGCAACAAAAGUGGAAUUCCCUGGAUGAAGGCCGUCACCUUACUUUGAAUCUUCUAAGCAAGGAAAUUGAACUGAGAAAUGGAGAGAGUGAUUAUACAGAAGACACAGUAGAUACUAAGCCCGAUAGGGAUAUUGAGUUAGAACUUUCGGCACUUGAUACUGAUGAACCUGAUGGACAAAGUGAACAAAUUGAAGAAAUUCUGGACAUACAACUUGGUAUCAGUUCUCAAAAUGAUCAGUUGCUGAAUGGAACAGUAGAAAAUGGUCAUCCAGUCCAGCAGCACCAGAAGGAGCCAAUAAAACAGAGGAGACAGAGUUUAGGUGAAGACCGUGUGAUUCUGGAGGAGCAAAAAACAAUUCUGCCGGUAACGUCUUGCUUUAGCCAGCCACUCCCAGUGUCCAUUAGCAGUUCCAGUUGCCUCCCCAUCACCACGUCUGUCAGUGUUGGCAGCCUCAUUCUGAAAACUCAUGUUAUGUCUGAAGAUAAAAACGACUUUUUAAAACCAAUUGCAAAUGGGAAGAUGGUUAACAGCUGAAAGGAGGUUCAUCUUUCAAAUUUGUGACCACACCAUGGAAGCAUUUACACUAGCUUUUUAUAUAUAUAAUAUAUAUUAUAUAAUGUAUAUUUUUUUUAAAAAAAAAGAUAUUACUGGGGGCAUCCAUUUCCUGUGGACUCUUUGAUACUUCAAGCCCUCUUGCAUUAGCAUUAUGAAAAAAAAAAGGAAAAUUUACUUUACUAGGGUAACGUUCACUUUCCAGAAGUGAUUGGAAUUUGGACAACAUUUAACUUAAGCUUCAAGCAGCUUUUUAUGAGUUUGUAGCAACCCGGUGCAGUAACUGAGCCAUUUCCUAUUUUAAAUGGCUUCUACAGUAAAUUAACAACUCAGUUAUUAAACUAGCAGGAUCCUACAAUGAUACAUCUAGUGAAAGUAGACUUAAUUAACUUAUUUAUUUCUAUUUUAUGUUUCACUGAGAGAAAUUUCCAUCUCAUUCCAGCUGCUUUAUUUAUCUUUUUCAUUGGACUUUGCAUGGAUUUCUUUCUUCUUUUUUUUAAUUUUACUUUUUAUUUUGAAGAGUGGAGUUAGAUGUUCUUACCAUAGAAUUUUACAGGGUUAUAUACUAGCUUUCUUUACUGCAUUAUAUGUAGGAGUGUGGUGCAGUGCUUUUAUCUGUAGCAUUUAAUUUUUUUAAUUUUCCAUUUUUCAAGAAUAGUUUCUGCGUUAAUAUUUAUACACAGGCUACUUGUUGAAGUAAUUAAUUAAAAUAUAACCAAGUGCCUAAGUCUUUCAGCUGAUGUACUAGAUAUUAAAUUCUCCUAAGUUAUGCAGAAUCGUUUUUACAAUUUUGAUAAAUUAUGCACUAAUGUAAUGGCAGUUUUUUAAAAUGCAGAUGUAAGCCUGUACAUUAUUGAAUCUGAUGACUUGGCAAAAGAAUCAGGUGCUUUCAGCUUUCUUGAGAAAACCCUGUAUGUAGCCUUUGCACUGAUUACCAAGAUGGGAUUGCUGGGUCUUUAAUUUAAAGAAAUUAAUUUGGAUGUUCAUUGCAUUAUUUUAGUUAGAUAUUGUUUUUUGUUUUUUCGUGUUGGGUUUAAUUUUCUGUGUUUUCUGUUAGGUUGAUAAGACUUUGAACCAUGUAGUAGUAGAACAUUGGCUAACACUUACCCAUACUUAAAACAUGAAUAAUUUCUGCCCUGCUGUGACUAAAUUUGUUUUCACAUUACUGUGACUGAAAUUGUUUUCACUUGGCAUCAGAGAAUAUGCAGUGUGUUCAGCUGUGCCCCAGGUUUGUGGGUGGUAUUUUACUGAAACUUAAAUUUCAGUCAAUGUUUAAAGACAAAAGCUGGGCAUUCCUUCCUGGUGGGUGGUCUUACCUAUAGUUUUAUCUUUUUGUUUUUCCUCCAUUUCUUUAAGAUUAGUUUGACUUUUAUUAUUUUUUUAAUUAACUUCUGUGAAGUUGUUUACUCUGAAAAUUGUACUGGAAUAUUUUAAGCCAAGCUGAUCUUUCACCAGGUGUACUGUAUGUAAGGGCUUUUCCUGCUAGCAAGAUGCUUAAACAGGAUCAUGUUAUUGGUCGUCUGAGCUAUUUAGUUAUUUUACAAAACCACAACAUUGUAUCAGAUAAGAUUUUGAUAAAAGUUUUGUGCACAUUUCCAGGGGUGGGAGGGUUGACAUUUCCCUGAAAUUUCUUGAUCAGAAUGAGUAAGUACUGGUGUUUGAUACCUGUCUUAAUGAACAUGCUCAUAAGGUGACUGAUAAGUUGUAAAUAUACCUGAGAAACAAAGGGGGUAGUUUUGAUAUUCUGGUGUCAGUAUGGAAGAUCUUACACAUUUAUUUAAUACUCAAGUGUAUGAAGAUGUUCGUUUGUAGCAUAACAGCACAGUAGCCUUGACUGCGUUUCCUUUGGUUAGUACUGUACCUUUUUGCCAUGGCCAGUGCUCCCCAUCCCUACAAAGACAUUUUAUUUAUUUCUCUCUGUAACCUGAAAUGAAUAGGAACAAGAGUUUUAAACCAUGUUACAUUAACUUAUUUCUGACAUUAUAAAUUAGCCUAGGAUAUUACAGGAACCUGAUUGUUAUAUAAUUUAUAUCAGAACCUUUCUAUAAAUAUGAGCUUACUACAUUUGAAAUGCUUCCAAUGUACUUUUUUUUUUCUGCUGUUUGUAAUUCCAAAAAGGAUAUGUAAACCAGUCUGUCUAUUUCAUGGAUAUUUAAUAGUGAGAUCUUCCAUGUUGAAGGUAAUGUAUUUUUUUUUAAGAUUUUAAAAUUGCUAUUUUGUUACAAAAUAGAGACCUAUUAACAGUUUGAGAGCUCCUUAUGUGCCCUCAGGGAAAGAACCCUCUGUGCAACAGAACUACACAAAACAUCUUCAGCAUGUUCUGAGGGUGAAUAUAUACUACAUAAAUUGAUCUUGUGUAUUUAACCUUAUCUUUUUAAUUUUAAAAUUGAAAUUUUGAAACUUGGUUGUGCUCUGCUGGAGGGGGUUGGGAUGCUUAGGUGUUUGCCUACUUGUCCAGUAAAUUACAUUUGCAUCAAUGUAUGUAUAUACCUGCCAACCUUAUUGGUAUGUCUCAAAACAUUUAUAUUAAAAUAAUGCUUGUCUUGCAGCAGGUGAUCCCAUAAAACAGUAACUCAAGAUUCUUAAAGUCUUGCUCUUUUUCACUAACAACAUACGAAUUGUUUGUGUUGAGGUUAUUCUGUGCUGCAUCUUUAUGUGAUGACCACCUACUGUCUUGUCUGUUUUGGUGGGUUUAAUGUGAAAUAAAGCCAUUAGGUCUCUGCCACAUUAGAAGAAAGAACAGUUCAUCUGACCUUCUUCAGAAUGGUACCUACUGAUGUCCUAGAGGAAAUAGUACAAACAGACCUGCCUAGAAUGUGGCUUUUUAAAUUGGGGCAAUUGUCACUAUCCCUUUACCAAAACAUUAUGAUGUACGCCUUUGGAAUUAGAGGCUACAGAGCAAUAGAAGAGGAAAUUUGUAAUGUUGAUAACUAAACUGCAUGUUAACCUAUGGGGCUAAUUAGGAAAAAGCAGUCUGAAAUCUGAAAAACAAGAAAAUGGUAUGUUUUUCCUUUCUUUGUUAUAAUUUUCAGUUUCUGAGUCCAAUUCCUGAGUCCAUUUGCCUCAUUCCAAUUCUGUGAAUAUAGUGUCACUGUUCGUCUUUUAGGCUCAUUUCAUUUUGUGAAUUACACCAAUCAUAUGUAUGUUCCAUCUUGUUAGUACCUAAACAGAUCAGAUUCUAUCUUUGCUACCAUGACUUAUUUCAGUGCCAUGCAAUGAAUCACUGAAUGUGAGGAAAGUUGUACAUUGUAAUUUUUCAGUAAAGGUAGCUCAUUACACCUGUGGCACUGAUUACCUCCCUAUUUACUCUAAAAGAGAAUUAAACCUCCCAUACUAAAACUGAAAUUUUCCAUUUAUGUGGAUCCUAGUCACUUUGACCUAGAUUUCAAGUUGAUGCUGAGUUACAAAGCACAUCUGAUUUUGUAAUACUGCCUUGAGAAUAUUAAAGAAUGCACAGUGAUUUGUAGGAAUUUUGAAUGGGAUCACUUAAAUAUUUUAAAAAUUUGAGUUUAAAACCAUACCUUAUUUUAGCAUUUUAGAUGUGUUAAAGUCCAUGUUGUCUUGUUAACCAGGGUUGGAACUUGUAACAAUCAGAUUCAGUAUAUGAUUUUGCCUCUGAAUCUGAGUAUUUCUUCCCUUGCUUCUUUGAGUCAUUUUCUGAGCAGACUGUCACUAGUAUUGGUAGCUAAUCACUAAAGGGAAAAGUUGCAUUGCAACUAUGUAUUAGUUUUCUAGAAGAACUUUCUUGUGUUUUAGUGACUAAAGAGUAUUGAUGGGAUCACUUACUGUAACUCCUUCUACAGAAGGACCCCUUCUGCAAGCAGAACAUAAAUGAACAUGCUCAAGGAGUAUCCCGUUUUCUAGAAACUGUUUGCUAGUAACUCCUUUAUACUAGCUGUUCCUUUGUAUGCCUUUGCUGGCAAGGGAAUACAAGGAGCCAAAAACCACAGAUCAGAACACCCCACAUUUGAGUGGAGACUUAUUUUUACUCUCUAAGGGCAGUUAUUCCCCCAAAUCCAAAACUGGCAGUUUAUUUUUCUUUUUAACAUAAAAAAUUAAAAAUAUCCCCCAAACCAGUGGAAAACAGACACUGGCUGCACUUAGUACUGCCAAAAGCCAAGGUCAUUUGCACAUAUUCCAUCAACCUGUUGAGAAUUAGGCCUCACUUUAUAACCCAAGGCAUGGAAGUGCAUGCAUUCUCUUAGCUGGGCAAACAAUUAUACUGUAGUUGUGAUACAACACAUGUGGCUUUUAUUUGUACUGCACAUAUCCACUGUACAGCCACUUGGGAGUAUCGUGGUUAGCUUGCAGCAACUGCUGUCUGCAUUUAUACUGUUUAUUGCAUAUUCUUUUCCCUGGAAGUGAAAGAAAAAUGUUUUUCUUGUUGCAUUGAUAACACUUUAUAAAUUGCUUAGCUGGAAAGUUUGGGAAAAGAGGCCUGUUUGUCAAUUGUACAACCGAUUGUGAAGCUUAGUGUGAAUAUUUUUACGUCUGUAUUAGACAUUUUCUUUGCAAAUCUAUUGUUCGAUUGAAAUGUAAAUGAAAUUAAAGAUGGUGUACACCCAUCAUGUAAAAAGCAGGCACCAUCUCUAAGAUGGAUUUAAUGCUCAUUUUUAAGGCAUAUACUCAGCUUCUAUUUAAAACUAUAAUUUAAAAUAAUUCUGUACAAUGAAAUGGGGAAUAUAUGUGGGAAUAAAUUCUAUUCCAUUUAUUUCAAUUUGAAUUUCCAAAUUGUAAUAUUUCCCUUUGUGCUAUAGGAAUAGGAUUAAAUGGGGGAAGGCUAGGACUCAAAGGCCUGUAUGGGGGGAGGGCAGAGAUGGAACAAUGAGGGUUGUGAUGAUAGUGAAUAGCAAAGAGUGAAUUCUGUGUGUUUUUGCUGUAGCACUGAAGUGAAGAGAUAUUAGCUUUGGCUGUUCACAAAAUAGAGCAUCAUGAUUUUCAGUGUUUGAGAGAAAAUUGAUGGAAAAAGUUUGCAGUACUUGACAUGUAUUUGCAUGCACAAAAUAAAAUUAUUUGUCCACCUUAAAA